AAAUAUAAUGACCUGAUAUUUGUAGAGUGCUUUUCUUGCUGUUGCUGUAAUGAUCCCAGCCUAAUUGUGUGGAACUGAGACUUGGUCAGCUUGUUUGGUUACUCUUACUACUACUUUGGUUACAUCUCCUGCAAGCGCUUCUGAGUCUUGCCGGAGUGCAGCAGCCUGGGGAGAGAUGUUUUCUGUGGGUGGCGUAAGGAACGCUGUGCCUGCUGACCCAACACCUGCAGGGCUGUACCUGGCUGUGCCCUGACAGCACCGUGACAGUGGGGAGCCCAGCAGCAGGCAGCCCUCGGUCCCUCCGGUGCCCUGGCAGCUGCGGGGCAGCUCUGAGCAGGGGGCAGCACCCCUCCACGUGGGGUCUCUGAGACCCAGACCGUGUGCCUGAGCAAGGACUGCAUGGGAGCAGGAAGCAGACAUCUGGCUUCAGUGUAAACCUAUUGGGCGACCUGUGGAGGGAGGAUGAUGUCGUGGCUCCCACAGUACCGCAGCUCCAAGUUCCGCCACGUGUACGGCAAGGCCGCCAGCAAGGAGAAAUGCUACGACUGCGUGCCCAUCACCCACAGCGUCCACGACAACCACUUCUGCUCUGUGAACCCGUACUUCAUCGCGGUGGUGACCGAGUGUGCGGGCGGAGGGGCCUUCCUCGUCAUUCCCAUCCACCAGACAGGGAAGCUUGACCCACAUUAUCCCAGAGUAUGUGGGCACAGAGGGAACGUUCUGGACAUCAAGUGGAACCCGUUCAAUGACUUUGUUAUAGCAUCGUGUUCAGAAGAUGCCACCGUUAAAAUCUGGGACAUCCCCAAGCCCAUGCUAACAAAAAACAUCACCACCCCGAAGAAGGAACUUCUUGGACAUUCUCGAAGAGUUGGCCUCAUUGAAUGGCAUCCCACGGCCAAUAACAUCCUCUUCAGCUCUGGCCAUGAUUACAAGAUAAUGAUCUGGAACCUUGAUACGAGGGAAGAUGUCCUGUCAAACCCAGUGAAGAUCCUUGAUGUUCACAAAGAUGUGGUCCUCUCCAUGUCAUUCAACACGGAUGGCAGCCUCCUUGCCACAACCUGCAGAGAUAAAAAGAUCCGUCUGAUAGACCCUCGUGCGAGAACAGUCCUACAAGAAGCCAGCUACAAGUCUCACAGAGCCAAUAAAGUCUUGUUUCUUGGAAACAUGAAGAAGCUGCUCUCUACUGGAACAUCCCGGUGGAAUAAUAGGCAGAUUGUAUUAUGGGAUCAAAAUGACCUUUCUGUGCCUUUACUGGAAGAGGAUCUGGAUGGCUCCUCGGGGCUCCUGUUUCCUUUCUACGACUCAGACACGAACAUGCUUUAUAUUGUGGGAAAGGGUGAUGGAAAUAUCCGGUACUAUGAGAUUAGCCCUGAGAAACCAUACCUGAGCUACCUGAUGGAAUAUCGCUCUCACUUACCACAGAAGGGAAUAGGAGUGAUGCCAAAAAGAGGCCUUGAAGUGUCAGCUUGUGAGAUUUUCCGUUUUUACAAGCUGAUUCCAACCAAGAGCCUGAUUGAGCCCAUCUCCAUGAUUGUCCCUCGAUGGUCAGAGUCGUACCAGGAAGACAUCUACCCCUUGACCACAGGAGGCCAGCCAGCAAUGACGGCACAGGAGUGGCUGAACGGAGUUAACAAAGGGCCCCUCUUGGUAUCCUUGAGACCAGGCUCUGGACCUGUGAAUUCCUUACUGCAGCUUCCUGUGUCAGAGCCACCUGUGAAAAGUCCUGACCCGAACAAGAGUCAGGGAGGAAGAAUGGCACUGGAGGAGAUGCAGAAGAAAAGUGAGAUCAAAGACAGCAGAAACCAGCUGAAAGUAGAGGAGGGGUUGCCGGAAAAUGAGCACAUGCUUCUCUCCAAUGGCUUUGACGUAUUUGAGUGUCCACCACCAAAAACUGAAAAUGAGCUUCUGCAGAUGUUUUAUCGACAACAGGAAGAAAUUCGUAGACUACGUGAGCUCCUAAAUCAGAGAGAUGUCAAAAUUAAACAGCUGGAGCUGGAGCUCAGAAACGUCUACAUGAACACAGGCAGGUACUGAAUGUUCCGGCCUGUGGCUCUUCGCACCCUCAGCCGCUGCAGCAGAUUUCAUUUCCUGCACGACUCCUAUUUUUUUUGCUGGCGGAAAAGCUGAUGCUUCAUGCAGCAUGGAUUUCCCUGGCUUGUGGUGGUCACAUUUCCCUAAUCGUAACCAGACAGUUGUUGGUGGACUUGCCGUGCUUCUUCAGUCUCUUCUUGCUUGCCAAGUCACUUGUCUGAAGCCCAUGCAUUAAGUAGUGAGAUUUGGAAAAUCUUCCUCUUGUUCCGGAGAAGCCACCUGUUAAGCUCUAGGACCAAAACCUGUUUUGUUGCUCCUCCACAUGAUGGGAGAGUAAAGGCAGCUGCUUGCUUCUUUUCCCACCUCUGACUCCAAAGUGACCCUCGUGCCACCUCCUGCCUCACGACUCAGCCCUGCGUCAGGGGGCUUGACAGUACUGCAGCUGCUCUCACCUGGUGCUGGGGAUAGUCCUGCUCCAUGCAGGAGGGUGCACUGGGGCUGCCAGUGGUCAGCACUUUGGCAGUAGGUGAAAGAGGGCUGCUCUGUUUGGAGAUGCUACACAAAAGGGGGCAGUGAUGCUGGCUGGUUCCCACCAACAAAGCUGCAGGUGCAACAAAGGUCUCCGGGUCCUCUGAGUCAGGGGCUUCUUUCCUUCCUUCCUUCUACCAAAGACUCUCAGCCCGCUGCAAACCUUUCAGCAACGAUGCUAGAAAAGCUGUCUCAGCCACAGGUGAAUCAUGGGACCAUGGCUGGCCACAAAUAGCCCUUCGUGUUUGUGCUCACAGCUGCUGCCUUCUUAAUUCCCAGGUGCCACUGCCUUGUCCUGUUUUCCUGCUGGGCUCCUCCUUCCCCCAUCUACUGCAUGUUCCAGCAGGCUGCCCCAUCACCCCAGGUCCCACAGUUUGCUUAUCUGUGCCCUGUGGCACCAGCUCGCACCAUCCCUUUGCAUAGGGUGAGAGCAGCUGCAGGCUUCAGGUCCCAUCCUUGUUUUCAGGCUGGUACUGGUGACCAUUUUUGUGCAGGUGCUGUCCCCAGCAGGGAGAGCUAGGCCAGCAGGUGGACUCCCCAGCCUGGUUGGUGUCCUUGGGUCUCACUUGCUCAUGAGAGGUGCGAGCUGAUGAGGCAUGGCAUGAAGAGAAGCAGGCUGUCAGCAGCCCAGGGAUCUGAAUGCAGCAGCAGCAGCAGCUCCUGAGAGGGCAUAAUUUUCCCUGCCCUAAAUGCAGAGCUCAUGGAGAUAUCCCUAUCCCCAAUGAAGCAAGCAAACACUGAUUAGUCUGUAACUGCACAUCUGUCGUGGCACAUGUAAUAGUGAAUAGUAAUGCCUUGCUGGUUCCAUGUAGCCUGAUGCUUUCCCAAAUAUUUUCCGUAAUCAGUCUCCUGCAGACAGCCCCCUAAUUAGGGGCUAAGCACCAUCUGUGCUUAUGUGAGACUUUCCUGAUUCCCCAGCAGCAAGCUCAGGGGCACCAAAUGCUCACGUAUGGGAAUCAUACAAAGACUGGCAGCUUGUUUUCUUUACAGCAAGAAGUUCACCCGGCUUUCAAAGUACUUAGUUCAUUUCUACAUAGCAGAAACAGAUGUGGGUGCUGAAAGUCAAAUGUUGUUGUUUGUUUGUUCCUGCAUUAUUAAAGAGAGGGAGUAGUUGUAAUGUUCUUCAGGAAAAGCCUUUAGCAUCAGUCACUGGUUGAACAGAGUAUCCUGAGUUGGAGGAGUCUGAUAAGGUUCAUCAAUUCCAACUCCUCUAACUUUUUGCAAAGAAAUAAGGAUUCAUACGAUGUUAAGAACAGCUUUGUUGAAUCAAACUUUCACAUCCUCCAGAAUAGGAUUUCCUGCACCCUGGGCACUCUCUGCAGUAAGCAGUUAUAUGCAAAAACACACCACAGAUACACAGCUUUAAACCAAACACGUGCAUCUUACUCCAGAAGUGGUCAGGCUUUCUCACCAAAGAGAACAACUAAAUAAGAGAUCUCAAAGCCCACCACGCCAUGCCAAGAAAACCUGACGGCUUUCAGGCUUCAGAGCCAUUUUCACAGUGUUGUCCCAGGAACAGGGUACUUUGUUCCCAUGCUGUUAUUUUCAAAAGGGCAAGUGCUUGAUACGACUUCGUCAGUCACGGUAUGUGUUUUAUCUGUCGGAUUUUUUUUUAUUAUUUUUCCUACAAAAUAAAUUAUUUAAAUUAUUUCCUAGUCAAAAUAAUUUUUCCACGGAAUUUGUACUUUCUCUUGAGAACUGUUUCUUCAUCGUGCUACGACUGGAUAGCAUAGAAAGUUUUCAGCCACCACAGUUCUCAUCUUAGAGUUGUGUUGAUUUCAGCAUUUCUAGGUAAAAGAAAAAAUCAUUUAGGCUUUGCUGGCAGGCUUUGAUAAGGCAAGACAGUGUAAUCAAACCUGCUCUUUUAGACAGUAUGCCCAUAGAAGUGUAGACUGCGAAAUACACCUUAAUUUGGAGCUCAAAUGUGACCAUAAAUCUUUCACAUAGAGGAAACAAAAAAUGGAGAAAAUGUAGUUGUGGGCAAAUGAACUGUGCCUAAAUCGACUUCCGUGAUCAUUUUAACCGUUUCUAAAACUCUUAACCGCUUUGUAAAAAAAAAAAACAAAAACAAAACAAAAACUGUAAAAAAUGGGGAUAAAAAACAAAUUUGUGCAAUGAAAAGCAAAUGUAAUUGAAUAAUAAAUACGUUUAGAGGUUUUUUGAUACGUG